ACGUCUCAUGUUAAUAUUUUCUAAGUUGUAUUUCUUAUUUGGAAUGAUCACCCUAUGCUGGAUGUGUUUCAUUUUAUUCAUAGGAGUUGUACAUUGUUAUGAAAAUUUAGCAUUACGGAGACCAGCAUGGCAGGAACAUAAUUUUCCUGGUAAAGAAAUGGACUGGGGAGCAGCGAAAGCUGUGGACGGACUGUAUACUAACCGUUCAUUGGAAGGAAACCAGUGUACUAGAUCGGGCAGGCGUCAAACAACAGCGACAUGGAGAGUGGAUCUGGGGAGUGUUCUGAGGAUCAGCCACAUUGAUAUCUACUACCGGACCGACAAUUUUCCGAGUCCUGGGGCGCAUUCUAAUCGAUUUGCUGGGUUCUCCCUGUACGUAUCCAACACUACGUCAAAGUAUGACGGUCAUCUUUGUUCCCAUGAGAUACAGACUGUAGAUGAUAGAACGGUACCAAUAGAGAACCAGACAAUAAGCUGUUCUGUUCAUGGACGAUAUGUGAUAUACUACAACGAACGGAGGCUGGGUGUUGCCUAUCCUAGUUAUUACUCACGAUACGCAUAUAAUGAACUCUGUGAGUUGGAAGUUUAUGGAUGCACUGACCCAACAGUUUACGGGGUGAACUGCGACCAGCUAUGUCCAGAUGGAUGUCAAAAGAAAAAAUGUGACGUCAUUACGGGCCAAUGUCUCGGCUGUAUACCGGGAUAUCAAGGUCUUCGCUGUAGUCAGGUAUGUGGUGGACAGACAUACGGAAUGGAAUGUUCUUCACCAUGUGGUAACUGUAGUGAUGGAGAUACAUGUCACCAUGUCAACGGCACGUGUUUACAGGGAUGUAACGAGGGAGCGAAGGGGGACAAAUGCCAGACACCAUGUCAACCUGGUUUUUAUGGGAAGAACUGUGGACAGAAUUGCAGUCAUAACUGUAACGUGACAAACCGCUGUAACAGAUUUACAGGGGAGUGUGACGGGGGCUGUAAACCGGGAUGGAAGACUCCAACAUGUCAACAAGAAUGUGACGGUAGGAUGUAUGGCGCAGGCUGCACACAUAGAUGUGGCUCCUGUCUUAACAACAUACAGUGUCAUCAUGUUAACGGCACAUGUUUGAAUGGCUGUUCCCCGGGUUAUCUGGAUCAACUCUGCAAUAACACUUGUGAUGAGACGUUCUGGGGCCCCGGAUGUACAGAGAAUUGUAGUACAGACUGUGUGAAUGGGACCUGUCGACAUGACACCGGGGUGUGUUACCAGAAGCUUACAGCUCUCCCUCCAGGCAACGGGUCGUCAGCGGUACCUGUCGUCGCUGGAAUCCUCGCCGCUGUCUUUGUAAUCGGCAUCGUCUUAGUGGCAAUAUUUUUCUUUAGAAGGACAAGAUCGCGGGGCAAAGAUAAAGCGGAGCACAGCGAGAAUAGAAGAGUACUACAAGCAAAUGUAAACUCACAAUCAAAAGCAAGUAGCUCGGAAUUCAACAACCUUUAUGCGAACACAAGUGAUAAUAAAACUGAUAACAAUGAUUCACAAAGAGUAAACAAUGCAAACUUGGGUGAAUCAGAAGCGAAUACUAGAGACGAGGACGUUGACAUUGACGAGAAAAUUCACGAAGAAAAUCCUUACGGAGACUUGGAUAUCAAAGAAGAAAUAAUUCCAGACAUCCUGUUAUCAAAGCUGGAGGCAGCCAUUGAAGAGAAACGGAGGGAUGAAGAUGAUGGUUUUAAGAGAGAGUAUGCAACUCUUCCUUAUGGAGAGAGAUUUCCUUGUAACAACGGUAAACUGCCAGAAAACAUAACAAAGAACAGAUUCAAGACCACGUUUCCUUACGACCAUUCUCGCAUCCAACUAAAAACGACUCCGUCUGACUAUAUCAAUGCCAACUUCAUUCACGGCGUUGAGAGGAUGAAUGAAUACAUUGCAUCACAAGGUCCUAAGCAAAACACACUGUCAGACUUCUGGACAAUGAUUUGGCAGGAGAACGUGAGACAAAUCAUCAUGCUGACUAACCUGAGGGAGGGCAGUAAGGCAAAAUGCGUGCAGUACUGGGCGGACAUCGACGUACCUGCUACGUUUGGAGUGUUUUCUUUACGUACAGUAGAAGAGAAACAUUACGCGUUUUAUAUAAUCCGAACGUUCAGGGUCACUAAUAAUGAGUUAAAAAAGACACACAUGGUGACACAGUAUCACUACACCGCCUGGCCGGAUCACGGGACACCGGAACCGCUCUGUCUUGUCAAUUUCCAUGAUCACGUGACGAGAACCAAAGAUAAAGUUGAUAUCGGUCCAACAUUGGUACAUUGCAGUGCUGGUAUCGGCCGCACGGGGGCAUACAUCGCUAUAGACGCUUUACAUUGGGCUGGCAAGAAAGAUAAGAAAAUAAACAUUGCAGAAUACGUGAAGAAGAUGAGAGAGAACAGAAUGAACAUGGUGCAGACAUAUGAGCAAUACAGAACCAUUUUUCUGGCUCUGAGUGAUAUGUUAAAAGCACCAACAGCUGUCCAGAAGAAAACGCAGUUUGUCCAAAAAGCAGAGGAAAUUCAGAAUGACAAACCGGUGAAUCAAAGUGACCUUGGUAAAGAAUUCCAGACUCUCAUGAAAGUGAGACCUUCCUAUACGGAUACAGAUUACAAGCUCGCACUACAAUCAGGGAGCGAGAGAGCCAGAAUUCUCCCACUUGACAAAUACAGUCUUCAUCUCUCCUUUAGUGGGGGAAAGCGCGGUAACUACAUCAAUGCUAUCUCUGUUCCUUCUUACGACAACCAAGACGCGUUUGUUGUAACUCAGUAUCCGCAGACAGGGGACGCUGUGGACUUCCUGCGACUGCUCACUGAUCAUGAAUUAGACACCGUGAUAUGCCUAGACGCCAUGAGAGAAGUGGAAUCCACCACGAAAUGGCUACCAAGCAAGAAUAGUUCAAAAUCCGUUUCUCCAUUUACUGUCCAUUGUCAUCAAGAAGAUUCAACGGACGUAAAAUCUACCACACUUCAUGUUGUUAAAGAAGGGACAAAUGUCGAAGCCCGAUCUAUUACGAUUGUUGAGCCACAACUCCAAUUGCAAGCAGGGCGGGGAACAACACAGAUGCUAAGUCUUUUGAGAUUCGCUCUUAGCAGUAGAGCUGAAGGACCCAUAACUGUUGUCAGCAGAGACGGUGCAACUCUUUGUGGUGUGUUCUGUGCCGCACAUAAUGUUCUACAACAGUUGUCGAUGGACGGGGAGGUCGACAUUUUCUCUGCCGUCCGGCAACUCCACGUCAGACGUCCAGAACUCUGCUCUAGUUUGGCAAAGUACAGGAUGAUCCACGAUGUUGUAUUGCUCUACAUCCGGUCACGUGAAGGUCACUUAGAGGAGAAUAUAUAUUCAAACCAGUAACUGACAAACUGUAUAAAAGAUGAAAAAGAUUGAUCGCGGAACUACAAAGCUGUGUACAAUGAUCAAACCCCAGAACACGUGUGAAUGUGUAUUUGAUUGUGAACAUUUAUUUGGAGAUUAUAACUAAAUUGUAACUAGAUUGUAACUACACUGGUUACCUGUGCAAUAUAGGACACAAUAUAAGAUACUUACUUAUACUUACAAAGCCUUACAUGAUGAGUGCCCAACUUAUAUCAAACAAUUACUAGAAGUAUAUAAUCCUACCCGAAAUCUUAGGUCUAUAAAACAAUCAGUCACUUUAGUUAUUCCAAAAAGUCGAACCGUAACAUAUGGAGAUCGGUGUUUCAGAACAAUAGCUCCAAAACUGUGGAAUGCCCUUCCAGAACAUGUAAGGGACUGUAGAACACUGUGUGCAUUCAAGAAGUCACUGAAAACACAUUUUUUUUCCAUCAAGUUUUCCAGGACUAGUUUCUAUCAUUUCAGUCAAUCGUGUAGGUUAGAUUCUGUGAAAAACUGUGAAAACUAAAGACUGUGUGUCUUAGCUUUGGAGUACCAUUUUGUGGUGUUCUAUAAAAAAAAAAAACAAAAAAAAAAAAAACAAUUAUUUUAAUACGCCCUGAAACCGAUGUUUAUUCUUAUCUAGCAUGCUUAUGGUAUAUUGUGUUUUCAUGUUUUAUAUGUACAAUGAGGAUUGGUACAGCUUUUAAUGUUUUAUUUAUUUUCUAUGUAUUAUGUGUAUAACAUUCUCUUGUAAGGUGUAUAUGCAUUGUAAAGCACCUUUGAGCGUACAUAGUGUAUGAAAAGGGUGCUAUAUAAAUAUGGUAUUAUUAUUUAUUAUUUAUUUUAUAAUAAAUGUAUUGUAUGCCAUAUAUGUAAAUAGGAUAUAAUGAAUUGAACAUAAAUAUAUUGAUGCAAUUUUAUGUUGGACGGCAAUAAUUACAAUACUGUAGAUAUUGGCAGACAAAACCAACAUGUUGCAUAAUUCAGCGCUUUCGUUCAAUUUCUAAGGAAACGUUUUGAUCGAAAAGGGAGAUGCUGACAAAAGAAAGAAAUUUUGUUUAUAAAAAUUUCGCAUUUUACCAAUAAAUAUCGCAAUCUCUUUGUAAAUGGAAAUAUUGGAGAAACGUUUGAAAUAAAGAAAACGAUGGAAAUCCUUAA